AUGGAAGAUCUAGCAGCCAUUUGGGAUAACCUGUCUUUGUCUGAAAAAGAACAAUCUGGGUACACUAUGCGGGCUGACCAUCGUACAGGGGAGUAUAUGUUGGCUGCCAAAUUUCUUACUCCACGUUUCUUGAUAAUGGAGGCGAUGGCUAGAACGUUCAAGCAGCUAUGGAGAUCGACAAACGACUUCAAGAUCAGGCGUCUUGGAGAUCACAGGUGCCUUUUUGUCUUUGACAACCUCCCUGAUGUGGAUCGUAUUAUCAAAAAUCAGCCUUGGAGUUUCGACAAAUACCUAGUUGUUAUUCGAAGGUAUGAUGGUGAAUCCCCGGUCCAUGACAUCCCCUACAAGUACAUGACGAAGCAUAUGGCUGAAUGUUUAUGUGAUAUUAUUGGUGAAGUGCAAAAAUCCUCUGGGGCAAUUGACGAUGAUGGGGGUCAGUUCAUGAGGGUUCGAGUGACUCUUGAUUUAAACUUACCGCUGUGUCGAGGUCGUGUUAUUACUCUUGAAGGAGGGGGUAAGUCUUGGGUUUCUUUCAAGUAUGAGCGCCUUCCGAAUCUGUGUUACUGGUGUGGUUGUCUAAGCCAUGACGACAAAAAUUGUGAUUUAUGGAUUAACAACAAGGGUACUCUCAGGGUCGAAAAUCAACAAUUUGGGCCAUGCUUAAGAGUCACUCCAUACACCUCUACUGGGAAAGAUGUUAUCUACGUUCCGGGGUAUUAUGAGAACCGAUUCUCGAAGCCAAAUAACCUGUCACAGUCUCCGGUGGUUGUAGCGGCGGUGGAGGAGGGUGUAAAUUCAGAGGCACCGGCGGAGCUUUCUGUUAAGGGAAAGGCGCAAUAUGAGGAGCCCAUUAAUGCAGUGUCCGUUUCUAAUUCAAAUUCCCCUGCUGGCAUGGAAGGAGUUACGCACGUUGAACUUCAUAAAUCUACUCCUAAUAUUUCGGAGGCAGUAUCCCAGCCAGUUUUGACAAUUCGAAAGCUCGGGAAUUUUGUCUGGGCACAAGAUCCUGCGGUUGUGUUCUUGGCCGAGACAUGGCUGGUUGAAGAUAGGCUAAAGUUUCUUUUGCGGAAUUUUGUCUGUGAUCAGAAGUUUGUUGUUUCAAAAAUAAAUCAGGGGGGCGGACUUGCUCUUCUGUGGAGGUCUGAUAUUGAUGUUAAUGUGGUUUCUUCUUCACUCAAUCACAUUGAUGCAAAGAUUAAUUCGGGUAAGGAAAAUUCUUGGAGAUUUACGGGUUUCUACGGUAACCUCGAGACCCACAAGCACCAUGAUUCUUGGGCUAUUCUAAAAAAUCUGAACCGAAGCUCUUCUUUGCCUUGGCUUUGUGCGGGUGAUUUCAACGAGAUUUUAAGGUCUCAUGAAAAGAAAGGUGGUAGAGCAAGACCAGAGGCGCAGAUGCGGGAUUUCCGUGAAACAUUAGAUGAAUGUGGUUUUGCCGACUUGGGUUUUAGUGGUCAAAAAUUCACUUGGUGUAAAAGAUUGGCAGGUGGUGUUAUGAUUUGGGAGCGUCUUGAUAGAGCUGUAGCUAAUCAGGAAUGGAUUUCUAUGUUUCCGGGAUACUUAGUAACUCAUCUUGAUACGGUUUUCUCGGAUCAUAAACCCUUAAGUAUUCAUAUGAAGGGGUUGCCAAUCCGAAAUCAAAGACCUUGGAGGUUUGAACAAGUUUGGUUGAAUGAUAAGGUGUGUCGUUCUACAGUGGAAGCAGCUUGGGAGUGCCCUUUUUUCUCUUCCAAUCCGAUGUCAAUGGUUGAGGCUAACGUGAAAAAUUGUCAUAGGCAUUUGAAAGAAUGGAGUAGGGCAUCUUUUGGUAACAUAUCUUGGGCUCUUGUUGAAAAAAAAAAACAGAUCAAAGUGGCGGAAGGGGAGGCGGUAAGAAGUGGAAAUGGGGACCGACUACAUGUUCUGAAGGUUGAAUUAAGAGAACUUCUUAUUAAGGAAGAAAAGCUUUGGCAUCAACGUUCUAAGUUGCAUUGGCUUAAAGAAGGGGACCAAAACACACGAUACUUUCAUGGCAAAGCUUCCCAGAGGUGUAGGAAAAAUUGCAUCAAACGCCUAAGAAACCAAAAUGGGGAGUGGAUUGAUGGUGACGACCAAAUUGCUCAAUUAUUUAUUGACUACUACAGUGAGCUCUUCACAACUUCAAAUCCGACUCAAUUGGUGGGGGUGUUGGAAAAUAUUCCUCAAGUUGUAUCAGACUCUAUGAAUGCGGAUUUGGUGAAACCUUUUGUUAAGCAAGAGGUGGAUGUGGCUCUAAAACAGAUGGCACCUUUGAAAGCGCUGGGUCCAGAUGGCAUGCCCCUUAUCUUCUAUCAACACUAUUGGGAUUCCAUUGGUGAUGACGUGUCUUGUGCUGUGUUAGCUAACCGUUUGAAAAAUCUGUUGCCACAUGUUGUAUCAGAAUCCCAGAGUGCCUUUCAAUCUGACAAGGCUAUCUCGGAUAAUAUUUUGGUAGCUUUUGAAACAUUACAUCAUAUGAAGAUCAAAAAAACGGGGAAGGAGGGGUUUAUGGCUAUGAAAUUGGAUAUGAGUAAGGCUUACGAUAGGGUUGAGUGGAUACUUUUGGAGAAAUUGAUGCGGAAGAUGGGUUUCCAUGGGAGAUGGGUUGAUUUGGUUAUGGCUACAAUUAAAUCUGUUUCUUAUUCCUUUUUUAUCAAUGGAAUCCCUCGCGGUUCCAUAAAGCCUACUAGGGGGAUUCGUCAAGGUGAUCCCCUAUCUCCUUAUCUUUUCUUGUUGUGCUCGGAGGGGUUAAAUGGGUUGCUCAAUAGAGCCAUGGCUAGGGGUGAUUUAAGGGGCUUCUCGCUUUGCAAGAAUAGUCCACAAAUCUCGCACCUAUUCUUCGCUGAUGAUAGCUUGAUUUUUUGUCGUGCAAAGAUGGGUGAUGUGCAAGCAAUUCAAUCAACUUUAACCCUAUAUGAGAGAGCAUCCGGGCAAAAAAUAAAUGGUACAAAAACAAAUCUUUUUUUUGGUAAAUCCGUCCUUGAGAGCACCAAAACAGAUUUGAAGAACUACCUAGGUGUUCCGGAGAUUAAGGAGUAUGAAAAGUACCUAGGGUUGCCGGCUAUGGUGGGUAGAAAGAAAAAUGAUAGUUUUAUCUAUAUAAAAGAGAGGAUUUGGGGGAAACUUCAAGGGUGGAAGAAGAAACUUUUGUCACAAGCCGGAAGGGAGGUGUUAUUGAAAGUUAUUGUGCUAGCAAUUCCAUCUUUUGCCAUGAGUUGUUUCCAAUUACCAGUGAACCUUUGCCAUGAGAUUGAGGCUAAGUUCUUCCCUUCGGGUGAUAUUUUUUCAGCUCAAGUCAAAUCGGGGUCCUAUGCUUGGCGGAGUAUUCUCAAGGCUCGAUACUUAAUUGCUGAGGGUGCUAGAUAUAGAGUGGGUAAUGGCCAAACAGUCUGGAUUUAUCAAGAUUGCUUGCUGCCUGGUGAUGGGUCAAGCAAGGUGAUCUCUCCCCCUUCUUUGUUAUUUGCUGAUGCGAGAGUUGCAAACAUUAUUGAUGCUGAUUCGGGCUGGUGGAAUUUGUAUCUGUUGGAAAGAGCUUUUCUGUUGUUUAAGGCACAAAAAAUAAAAUCCAUCCCUCUUUGUUUGAUCCCACAGGAAGACACUUCGAUUUGGCCAAAAACUAAGGAUGGCCAGUACUCUGUGAAGCUUGGGUAUCAAUUGUUGUGUGCUAAGGAGCUCUUUGGUUCAGCGUCGGGUUCAUCAAACGAGGUGAAUCAGAGGAUGUGGUCAGGCCUAUGGAGAUUGAAGGUGCCCAACAAAAUUAAGACAUUUGCGUGGUGGGCUUAUUUUGAGUCCCUUCCUACGAUAGUGAAUUUGGCAAGGCGAAGGGUGGUGCUCUCAAACAACUACACAAGUUGUAAUAGAGGGCCUGAGACAGUGAUUCAUGCUUUAUGGGGGUGUGAGAAGGUGAAGGGGGCCUGGGGUACUAACUUUGAUGAGUUGCGGAGUGCAACGAAUCAAAAUUUAUUUUUUGUUGAUCUUUUUAGGUUGGCGCUGCAGAAUCCACGUGGAGCUGAAGGUUUCAUCAUGAUUUGUUGGUUUAUUUGGAAUCGGCGCAACAAAAUCAGAGUCAAUAAGGCUGUUGCUCCCCUUGAGAAGAUCUCGGAGUUGGCACAGAAGCAUUUAGCGGAUUUCCAGCAGCUUUGUGCGAAACCGGAAUCAAAGAAGUUGCCAAGGAAAGUCAUUUGGAAGCCAUCCGAUGCAGCUCUGUUGAAAACUAAUUUUGACGGUGUGGUUUUUGAUGAUUUGGGAGCUGCCAGAAUUGGAGUGGUGGUGCGUAAUUCUUUGGGUGAAGUCUUGGCUGCACUGUCUGAAAUUAUUCCUCUGCCUUCAUCCAUUGUUGCUCUGGAAACAAUUGCAGCAAGGAGGGCUGUCCUGUUUGUCCGUGAGCUUGGUUUCAGUGGUACUAUUUUUGAAGGGGAUUUUGAAGAGGCUAUUUUAGCUAUUAAGAAGCAGAGUUUUCAACACCCAGUGGUGGGUCAUUUAGUUCAAGACAUUGUUUCUUCAAUCAGUAUGUUCCAGUACUAUUCUUUCUCUCACACGCGUCGGCAUGGCAAUGUUUUAGCACAUGCGUUGGCUAGAUGA